AUGGUCACGAAGCUCAAUAUGCUUAGGUUUCAAAUUACCGACAAUACCAUCGAUUAUGGCCAACGGAUUUUUGGCUUCCUCCAUCCUCCUCACAGCGACGAGUACAACUUCGCCAUAGCCUCUGAUGACGAGUCAGAGUUAUGGCUCAGUCCUAACGAUGAUCUGCAGGAGAAACAGUUAAUUGCGCGUGUUUUUAAAGUAGGAGUAAGUGCGUGGACGAAAAAGGAUGAACUUCAUAAAUAUCCCGGACAAAUCUCAGAACAUCUAAUGCUCUCUGGAGACAGAAAAUACUACAUAGAAGUUGUGCAUAAGCAAGGAGCGGCUCUUGGCUUUGUACAAGUUUAUUGGAAGCGUCGCAAUGAUACCGAUUUCUACCUUAUCAGUUCAGAGUACUUAUCGUCCCAUGCAAACGAUGUUAUGAUUACCAAAGCAAAAGAUGUUUUGCAUAGUUUGCUUUCGGAGAGCUAUCGUCAAGAUCUUGAGCUGAAAUCUAAAUCAACAGAUCAAAAACGCUUACAAUUUCCAUCACUUCCGUUGCUCCCAAAAGAUAGUUAUCUUCCCUUGUGUGAUUUCCAGUCCGGCUCUUUGUCAAACGGAGGAAAAGUGUAUCGUUAUCAAGGCCGCAAAGUGGUGCAGUUAUCCAGCGUCUACCCUACUGAUGAUAGCAGCGCACUGACUGAUAAAAAUUUGCGGAACUGGCCUAACAAAAUUGCUGACAGGGAAACAAUUCAUGCAGUCACGGAUGAGAUAAUUACGUCGCUAAACCACAAAACCUCAAAGUAAGUUGACCUAAAAAUUAAACUAUCAACAAUAUGGCAAAUGCCAAAACAUUCGUGAACUAAUGCGGAUGCGCUACGUAACGAUUAAAGUCUAUUAGGAAGAAAAACGGUAUAAAAAUGGGCCACGAUUCGCACGGAUUGCAAAUGACGAACAGCACUCACAAAGACCCACAAACCGUGACUAGCGUCUUUCAAAACUCAUGCUUAGUGGAAUGCAAUUAUCGUCAUUCUUCUGCUAUUAAUCAUGUUUGUAGACCAUUAUUAUGAUACGCUAUGCUGAAAUGUCAGCAAAGUAAUAUAUUUUGCUGGGUAACCAUUCGGGCUGAGUUUGGAACUAAUGCUUUAAGGCCAGAGCCAAUCACAUGUAUCAAAGAGGUGUGUGUAUGUCAUUCAUUAACUGGCUUAAUUUCGAUUUCCCAAGUUACUCCCUCCAUCUUGGGAGAGGAAAAAAAAUUCUUGGAAACCAAGGUUGUUUUAGAGAUACACAUUACAUCCAAUGACGUCCAUUACACUAUCAAACUGAUAUCAUUCUUUGAUCUACUUCCAGGAAAUAUUUUCUGAAGAGAAUUCACAAGGUUUUAAACAUCUCAGAUCCAGUUCAUGGCGAUCUUUAUUCUGUAGAUCUUGAGCUCGGUUUACAAGACGUCAAUCAAUCAUUUCGUUUAUCAGAGCAUGUGUUUGGUAAGGAUGCCAACCACAGCUUGUGUUUUCCUCUAGGGAUUAGCUGGAACAAUAAAGCUAAGGUGUACUUUAUUCUCCCUGUCAAGGAACAAGGAAGAUGGGUGUAUCAUUUUAUUAACGAAAUCACAAUAGCCAGCUCUUUAACGGGCGAUACGAACUUUCAUGUCAUUGUUGUUGACUUUGAAAGCGAGGAUAUUGACAUGACAAAGGCAUUUAAUACCAUUCUUCUUCAAAACAAACACACGAUUAUUCCAUUAAAAGGGAAAUUUUACAAGACGCUGGCUUUGAACAAAGCUGUUGAGUAUAUUCCAAGUAUACAUGACAUUUUGUUUCUGUUUGAUCUCCAUAUCGACGUUCCGCAAGACAUAUUGGACAGCGUUCGUAAAGUGAGUUUCUAUCUUUGAUUUGAGUAAUGAUUAUUUACUCGUUAAUCUAUAUAUUUAUUUAGUAUUUAUGUUAUAGAUCAAUCUCGCGAGCUUUAUAGUGUCGUGCGGAUAUCGAUUGUAGUGUUAUGAACUGACACUAGUAAACCUUUAUACGGGACGCUUGCCUUUAGAUUGGUGUGCCAUUUGAUGCUUGACUACAAGCAGUCCCUGCUUUUCAGCGAAGUCCGUCGUGCGAGUAAAAAAAAUAAGUAAAAAAAAAAUUAGUUAGAGCGCCCGAGAGAACCCUAGGAGUUCGUGAGCCUCACUCCAAGGUUCCACGUGGCGCGCUAUCGUAUUGUGCGCUGAUGUUUUAACUCGCGCGGCGGACGUCGCCGAAAGGGAGGGACUGCUCUAGUCUAUCUGAUGUAAGCACACUUCACCAAUCUUUUUUUAUUUACAUUGAUUUAAUCAUAAUUUGUCUCUACGGUCCUCAUUUCUAGCUUUCAUAAUAAUUAUUUGUCUUGCAGAACACUGUAGAAGGACAUCUUGUUUACGCUCCCAUUGUAGGCCGGUUAUAUUGUGGCAGUACGUAUGUAGAUCAUAAAGGUUAUUGGGAAAUGGAAGGAUUUGGCUUAAUGAGCAUUUAUAAAUCAGACUGGGUGAGGUUCAAAGGUAAAAAAAAACAUCAGUUUUCAGUUGACGCUUCUUUAAAAAAUACUGAUUAUAAUUUCAUCAGUUCCUAGAACUGACAUGCAAUAUGCACAAUUUAACUACUCGAUUUUCAUUCAGUUGCAUAGCAAAAAAUACAACUACCUUAAACUUAGCUCUAAAAAAAAUUGAAAGUCAGUAAUCUCUAAAAGGUUACAUUUAAAAUUGUGAAUAUCUGUACUUAACGGAAAUUUUUUUUCCAAUAGUAAACGGAAACCUCCUAAAUCUUAUGUAGGCAUAUGUAUUCUCUAUAGGAAUGAACACCGAGGACUACAAAUACAAAUGGGGCGGAGAGGACUGGGACUUACUCGACCGUGUUAUCAAUGCUGAGUUAAAAGUUGUUCGAAUAAAGCACCCGGGUCUAUAUCAUCAUUAUCAUACAAAACACAAAUCUUUGAAUUAACAUACGCCGUGCAAGUUACUCCAAUUACUAACUCCCGUUCUGUCAACCCUUAUGAAAGCACACGUUCAAUAUGCUUGAAAGCGUGCCGUGCGGGAGCCAAGGAAACUGGGUCUACUAUACGAGAUCGAGGCUUGCCUGGGGACUCCCCAGAGUAAGAAAGAAAACAAUGGUAGGGGGCCCUUUUUUCCUUUGAACCGCAUCUAGGAGGAGCACCGAUGGUGUCGCUGUGAGUCAGCAAUGCGGUUUUAAUGUCUCUCCAGAUGGUUGAUUUGUAGCUGUUUGCUCUGUAAUUAUCUUUAGC